AUGGCGUUGAUCGAUCGUCGAGCGGUAGCACGGAAGAAUGGAAAACUUCUUCCUCUGGGCAUUGUCGUGAUGGAGGAGCGAUGGUGGAAGCGCGUGGCGCUGCGAGGCGAUCGCGUUGCUCUUGUGCCCUAUCAGCGCGAUCACGUCCCCAGGUAUCACUCCUGGAUGCAAAAUCCCGAGCUUCUGGAGCUCACUUGCUCCGAGCCGCUGUCUCUCGAGGAAGAAUACGAAAUGCAGGGCUCUUGGGCAUCGGAUCCAAAGAAAUGUACGUUCAUAGUUUUGGACAGAGAGCUCAUCACUGGCGAUUUGGCUCCAUCUCUUCCUUUUGUAAAUGCGAUGAUUGGAGACGUGAAUCUCUACAUGAACGACGUUGAGAAUUCUAGUGUAGCAGAGAUUGAGAUCAUGAUCGCCGAGCAUGGAAGCCGCAGGAAAGGAUUUGGAAGAGAAGCAGUCCAGAUUAUGAUGGCCUUCGCUAGCAAAAAUCUAAACAUUCAAAUAUUUCGUGCAAAGAUAGGAGACGAAAACGUGCGAUCUAUCGAUCUUUUCAAAAGCCUGGGAUUCAAGAAUGUGAGCCACAGCAAGCCGUUUAAGCAGGUGACAAUGGAAUUUACUCCGACCUCGAAUACACUUCCGCGAGAUGUAGAAGUGGUUCAUUAGCUUCUUGCAGCACCCUGUAUUUCUAAAAGCCAACGAAGCGUAGCAACGUGUUCAUC